AUGGCCGGCUCGCUGUGCUGCGCCGUCCUGGCGCUCCUCGUCCUGGCGCACGGCGCCCGGGCCGUCUACGUCCAGGAUGGAGACUUGAAGUUCUCUCUUGAGGCCGUGAAGAAGCUAAAGGAGCUCAAGGACAAGGACACAGACAUUAACCCUCGCAUGAGGGCUAUCUGGGCUCCAUGCGAAGAAAAAGAUCUCCCUGAAGAGUUCCAGUCUGUGUGUAAAAGAAAAGAUGCACCCGUGAUUUUUGAGAGGCUGAGCAUGGCCAUCCAAGAGAUCGAUCUGUGCGAAAUCUGCGCCAAUGCAGCCUGUGCUGGCUGCUUGUGA